CGCCAGCGGGCGACGGUGGUUGUAUCAUUCAUCAGUCGCAGUCGCCGCCAGCCCGUGAACGGUGCUCUCGCGCGCCUAUCUUCUAUGUAUUACAACAAAUCGGGGAAGGCAGAGUGUAAAAUACAUAAUCAGAAUGUAACUGAAUUGAAGUGUGUCCUGUAUAAAAUAAUCUGUCUUCAACUUCCCUUAUAACUGAACGCCGAGAAACUCUUUAUUACUUUCUAAAACGUAUUUAAUUUUCCGCGUGUGUCUCGUUUCAAGCUCGCGCCAACAAAACGUGUGUGUGUAUAAAUAAAUAUUAAUUUUAUAGUUGUUAAGCUACACCCGACAUGACUAUAUCGUACGCCGGUGAAGUUCCAAAUGGCAGCAGUUUUGGAUGUUUCUGGCGGAUCCUCUGCAAAUGGCGUGGCAGCGUUUACAAGUUGGUGUGGCGGGAGCUGCUGGCGUACCUCACUCUCUACUAUACCAUCAACUUGCUGUAUCGGUUCGCGCUCACCGAACAUCAACAAAGAAUAUUCGAGAAGGUUCGACAGUACUUCGGCGCUCAGAGCGAGUCUAUUCCGAUGUCCUUCGUCCUGGGUUUCUACGUAAGCCUGGUAGUGAAGCGUUGGUGGGAGCAGUACAAGUUGCUGCCUUGGCCGGAUACACUCGCGCUGUUCAUCUCCGCGGGCAUCCCCGGAGCGGUCAGUAAAGACGAAACCGGGCGGCUGAUGAGGCGGAAUAUAGUCAGAUACGCCAUUUUGGCAUACGUGAUCACCUUGCAGCGAGUCUCACUCAGGGUCAAGAGACGGUUCCCCACGUGGCAGCACGUUGUGGACUCCGGUCUGAUGUUGGAGAGUGAGAGAAAGGUAUUCGAGAAGAUGGACGGUAAGAGCCCAAUGUCUAAAUACUGGAUGCCUCUGGUGUGGGCGACGAAUAUCAUCAACAGGGCGCGGAAGGAGGGCUUGAUCACCAGCGACCACAUCGUGCAAACUCUCUUGGUGGAGCUGUCUGACAUCAGGCGACGGUUGGGAGCGCUUAUCGGGUACGACACUGUGUGCGUGCCUCUCGUCUAUACACAGGUUGUGACAUUAGCCUUGUACACAUACUUUGUGGCAGCACUGAUGGGUCGGCAGCUGGUACCACCUGCUCCAGGUAGUACCUCCAAAUACGAACCAGAUGUUUACUUCCCGUUAUUCACAGCCUUACAAUUUUGUUUCUACGUAGGCUGGCUAAAGGUUGCGGAGGUUCUUAUAAACCCAUUCGGCGAAGAUGACGAUGACAUUGAGCUUAACUGGUUAAUCGACAGACACAUAAAGGCGGCAUACAUGAUAGUGGAUGAAAUGCACGAGGAACAUCCAGAACUUCUCAAAGACCAGUACUGGGAGGAAGUAGUUCCAAAGGACUUGCCGUACACUGUUGCCUCAGAGCAUUACCGCCGCCACGAGCCGCCCUGCUCCGCUGACCACUACAAAGUAAAAGCAGAAGACGCUGUAUACGCCAAUGUACAAGCACCUAGAAAAAGUCAUGACGAAACAUAUGCUGAUUAUGAGAGUGUAGAUACACCAUUGGUAGAACGACGAAAAAACUGGUUUCAGAGACAGAUAUCAAGAAUGGGUUCAGUUCGAUCGGCUUCGACUGAUUAUUCUUCUGGUGGGCUAUUUGGAAGAAACCGUCAUAAUUCCAUGGUGUACUCCAGUCCAGAGACGGGCCAGCCCACUGCACCGCCUCAACAACACCAUAAGAUGUCAUUGUACGAGAGACUCGUGGGCAGGAAGUCAGGGAGAGGACAGCAUCGACAGAAUUCUAAACAUGGCAGUCAAAAGAGUAAUGGUUCAGCAAUACCGAUAACAUUACGCAAUCGCCCACGUAUUCCUACUCCGGACGUGACCAAAGAAGUUAUGGACCGUGAGAACCGCAUUACAAUGGGGAUGCAGAAUAUGGGGGUAAUUAUGGCUCACCAGGGCUACCAAAACGAAGUGCCCGUUUUAGGAGCUCUCGUGCUCUCUCCAAUCCAAGAGCUUGACAGUGGCUCUGUCAACAACACCUUGCAUGCCGGACAGCCUGGAACUACAGCACUAGCACAAGCUGUGCUGUCUCCUGGUCUGACUACAGGAUUAACUCCAAUGCUGACAGCAGCUCCUGUGGUGUCGCCGGUAACAUUGUCCCCCAUGGGGGUCUCACAACUUCUCGGUAGUUCGACACCAUCAACACCUCGCGCAGAUCGCACACCGCCUGCGUCGCGUGCCACGGUCACUGAGCUUCCGUCUGAUAGCGAACACAGCGGGUCAGGGACGCCGCCGGAAUUCAAUAGAAAGCCAAACGGCUCUAAACGAGGAGAAGUUUAUGUAUAACAUACUCGCUUAGACGUAUUGCUCCAUUGACAGAAUUACUGCCUAUGAAGGAUCUGUGAAGUAGUCCAUGGUGGUCUGAAUCUUUUUCGUUUCAUCAAAAGUUUACAUUUGCUUUUUCAGUAAUUUUAUCGUAAGUCCGCACACAGACUUACAGUAAAAUAUGAGUGUGAGUGAGUGUUUAUUGUUAAUUGGGCAGUUAACGUGACGGUAACUGGUUAUUAAUUAAGUAGGAAGUGUGUAUAUAAAUAUAGAAGAAUUAUAUAUCGUUCGUGAUCGAGCACUAGUUGUCCCUAAACUAAUCCGUCCCAGUAGUGCUUGGUAUGUGAUCACGUUUAUAUGUAUGUACAAUAUUGACUGAUAUUGAAAGUUUUAUUGAGUUACUUCUAUUGUGUGUUAAUUUUAUGAUCUACCAUCAUAUCUAAAAAUAUAAUUUACGCACAAACAGGGAUUGAGUUAUAUAGCUUUGUAUAAAUUCUUUUUCAUUUA